AUGGAGCCCCUGUCCCUACUCCUGGCCGUGGCUUUGGGCUUGGCGAGCGCCGUCUCGGCGGGGCCGGCCGCCAUCGAGUGCUGGUUCGUGGAGGACGCGGGCGGCGGCCGCCUGGCCAAGAGGCCGGCCGCGCUGCUGCUGCGCCAGGGCCCGGGGGCGCCGCCGCCCCGGCCCGACCUGGACCCCAAGCUCUACCUCCGAGUGCACGACCCCGCGGGCGCCCUGCGCGCGGCCUUCCGGCGCUACCCGGCGGGCGCCCCGGCCCCGCACUGCGAGAUGAGCCGCUACGUCCCGCUGCCCGCGCCCGCCAAGUGGGUCAGCGGCCUGGCCCCGGGGCACAGCUGCCCGCGGGCCCUGGACGGGCCCUGGUUCAUGGUCAGCGUGUCCAGCCCGGUCGUCAGCCUCUCCAGCCUCCUGCGCCCUCAGUCCGAGCCUCAGCCGGAGCCCGCAGUCAUCACCGCGGCAACAGCUGUGCUGACUGUCGUCACCCACACCCCUACCACUCGAACCCGCCUGGGACAGGACGCUCUGCUGGACUUGAGCUUUGCCUACAUGCCCCCUACCCCAGAGGCCGCUGCUUCCCUGGCCCCAGGUCCCCCUCCCUUUGGGCUGGAGUGGCGACACCAGCACCAGGGUAAGGGGCACCUGCUCCUGGCUGCAACUCCUGGGCUAGAGGGCCAAAUGCCAGCUGCCCGGGAUGGGGCAGUGGCGUUUGCCGCUUGGGAUGAUAGUGAGCCAUGGGGGCCGUGGACUGGCAAUGGCACGCUCAGGCUACCCGCAGUGCAGCCCCGCCAGGAGGGCGCCUACCUGGCCACCGUGCACCUCUCAUACCUGCAAGGGCAGGUCGCUCUGGAGCUUGCUGUGCAGAAGCCCCCCAAAGUGUCCCUGAUGCCAGCACCUCUGGUAUGGGCUGCCCCUGGGGAGGCACCCCCAGAAUUGCUCUGCCUUGUGUCCAACUUCUACCCCGCGGAGGGCCUGAAGGUGGAGUGGGAACUCCGGGGCCCAGAUGGCAGCAUCCGGGAGGCCGAGGGGCACCGGUGGCUCUCGGCCCUGAACCACCACUCGGACGGCUCCAUCAGCCUCUCGGGGCACCUGCAGCCGGCCCCGGUCACCUCCGCUCAGCACGGGGCCCGCUAUGCCUGCCGUGUCCACCACCCCAGCCUGCCCGCCCUGGGGCGCAGCGCUGAAGUCACUUUGGAGGUGGCAGGUCGCUCUGGACCCUCCCUGGAGGAUGGCAUCGGCCUCUUCCUGUCCGCCUUUCUGCUCCUAGGGCUCCUCAAGGUGCUAUGCUGGGCAGCUGUCUACCUGUCUGCUUCCAAGAAGUCAGAGGAGAAGAAAUCACAGUGA